UAGAGCUUCAUACCGACGGGCCGGUUCCUUCGCGACAUACACCGAUCACAAUUUUUCUUUUACGCAUUCUGUUUCCAACACGCACAGGGACGCUUUGGGCACAGCAUGGUUCGUUUGGACCAAACGGCACCGUGGCGCGUUAAAACGGGAUUUGGAAAGUUACUUAUGCCGAAUGAAGCUUGUUCUGCGUCUGAGCGGACUCUGUGAACGACACGCGUAUUGGGGAUAACGACGCGCAGAGCAAGACAGGAAGAUAAUAACUUUUAGUUGAUUGGAUUGAAAGAAAGACGUGAAUUUGUACAUGAAAGCGAAUGAGUGAAUGUGACUAUAGACGACCGGGCACAGUUAUCAACAGAUCUUCAACUAACCGUGCUUGCGUUCUGGAUUGGAAAUAUAUUUACUUAUUGAUAAAACAUUUGUUGAAUGAAACACCGGUUACUGCUGGAGAACUGAGGAAGUGGAUGUAAAAACAAAAGAUCUGUUUUAUCACCGAGAAAACAAAAUCUGUGCCAAGGAGUCGGUGCGUCCAAUUUUUCUUUCUCAAAGUUUUUUUCUUCUUCAAACACAGACUUACAAGGGAGUUUAACAAUAUUAAAGUCUUCAAUAUAAGGUGUCAUAUGGCUGAAGGUUCAGUGUUUAACUGAGUCGUACAAACCUCUCUAAAUCGCGCAAACCGCAAACGCUCGAGAAAAUUACGCACCGUUCAGCGCGCACAACCUUGGCAGGGCUGUGGAGAAGCAACAUGUACCCGGCGUGCCGGACAAACCUGUUCAAUAUCUCUCCAUCUGCUCGUCUGGCAAUGUUUGGGAAUUCGUGGAAACCGAGAUUGAGACCCUGUUGGAUUGUAAUUUUGCUGUCGGUGGUCCUUCAUCUGGCAUCAGCGCAAGAUGAUGUUCCACCUUACUUCAAGACAGAACCGGUGCCGAGUCAAUUGCACCUGGAGAGAAAUCGGUUAGUUUUGACGUGCAUGGCCGAGGGGAGCUGGCCGUUGGAAUUCAAAUGGAUCCACAAUGACACAGAGAUCACACGGUUCUCGCUGGAAUACAGGUACUUGAUACCAUCUUUGGACAGAUCGCAUGCGGGCUUCUAUCGGUGUAUUGUGAGAAACCGAGUCGGAGCUUUGUUGCAGAGGAGAACCGAAGUACAAGUGGCAUAUAUGGGAAGUUUUGAAGAAGGUGAACGGACCCAGGCCAUAUCACAGGGCGAGGGUGCCGUUAUUCCAGCACCACACAUACGCUGUUUCCCCCAGCCACAGGUGACGUGGUUCAGAGAUGGGCGGAAAAUCCCUCCUAGCAGUCGGAUAGCUAUCACCCUGGAUAACACACUGGUUAUCCUGUCCACCGUGGCCCCUGAUGCUGGGAGAUACUACGUACAGGCCGUCAAUGAUAAGAACGGGGAAAACAAGACGGGCCAGCCCAUAACACUUUCUGUGGAAAAUGUCGGUGGUCCUGCAGAUCCCAUUGCUCCCACAAUUGUCAUCCCACCCAGAAACACCAGCGUCAUUUCUGGAACGUCUGAGGUCACUAUGGAAUGUGUGGCUAAUGCCAGGCCCUUAAUAAAACUGAGCAUCAGUUGGAAGAAAGAUGGUCUUCUGGUGAGAAGCGGGCUGAGUGAUUUUAACCGCAGACUGACCGUGUUGAGUCCGGUGGUCAGCGACUCUGGUUUUUAUGAGUGUGAAGCUGUUCUCCGGAGCAGCAGUGUUCCUUCUGUCAGCGCUGGAGCGUACCUGCAUGUGCUCGAACCACCACAGUUUGUGAAGGAACCAGAGAAACACAUCACAGCAGAGAUGGAGAAAGUUGUGGACAUUCCCUGCCAGGCCAGAGGUGUCCCUCAGCCUGAUAUCGUAUGGUAUAAAGACGCAGUACCCAUAAGCCCUGUGAAAACUCCACGCUACCGAGUGCUAGCAGGAGGCAGUUUGCAGGUUAAUGGCCUUCUGCCUGAUGACACAGGAAUGUUCCAGUGCUUCGCUCGCAACCAGGCCGGAGAGGUUCAGACCAACACCUACCUCGCUGUUACGAGUAUCGCCCCGAACAUCACAGCAGGCCCUUCCGACAGCACAGUGAUUGACGGCAUGUCAGUUAUCCUGCAUUGCGAGACCUCAGGAGCCCCCCGUCCUGCCAUCACCUGGCAGAAAGGAGAGCGCGUCCUUGCGAGCGGCUCAGUCCAGCUUCCACGGUUUACUCUUCUGGAGUCAGGAAGUUUACUCAUAAGCCCCGCCCACUUGACGGACGCCGGUACCUACACCUGCAUGGCCAGCAACUCCAGGGGCAUAGACGAAGCCUCGGCUGACCUGGUGGUCUGGGCACGUACACGCAUCACAAAUCCUCCUCAGGACCAGAGUGUGAUCAAGGGAACCAAAGCCACCAUGACCUGCGGUGUGACACAUGACCCGAGCGUUUCAGUCAGGUUUGUUUGGGAGAAGGAGGGUCAGGUGAUCUUCCCUCAAUCUCUGCCUCGACUGCGUCUGGAUAUUAACGGGACGCUGCACAUCUCUCAGACCUGGUCGGGUGACAUCGGCACAUACACCUGCAGAGUGACAUCAGUAGGUGGCAACGACUCCCGCAGCGCGCACCUACGCGUGAGGCAGCUACCUCACGCCCCUGAGAACCCCACAGCGUCGUUGAGCACCACAGAGAAGAGAGCCAUUAACCUGACAUGGGCCAAACCCUUCGACGGGAACAGCCCUCUCAUCCGCUACAUUCUGGAAGUGUCUGAAAACAAUGCUCCUUGGACAGUUCUGUUGGCCAACAUCGAACCCGAGUCGGCCGCCGUGACCGUCAACGGUCUGAUCCCGGCACGCUCCUAUCAGUUCCGCCUGUGUGCCGUCAACGAUGUUGGCAAGGGCCAAUUCAGCAAAGAGACCGACCGUGUGUCUCUUCCGGAGGAGCCGCCCAGCGCGCCCCCUCAAAACGUCAUAGCUAGCGGCCGCACAAACCAGUCCAUCAUGAUUCAAUGGCAGCCUCCACCAGAAAGCCAUCAGAACGGCAUCCUAAGAGGAUAUAUCAUCCGGUAUCGUCUGACUGGCCUUCCUGUGGAUAUCCAGUAUAAAAAUAUCUCCAACCCUGAGGUCACAAACCUGCUGUUGGAGGAUCUCAUCAUCUGGACUAACUACGAGAUUGAGGUGGCAGCUUAUAAUGGAGCUGGGCUGGGAGUUUACUGUCAUAAGGUUACGGAGUGGACACUUCAGGGAGUACCCACCAUCGCUCCAGGCAAUGUGCAGGCAGAGCCUGUCAACUCCACCACAAUCCGUUUCACCUGGACAGCACCGAACCCGCAGUUCAUCAACGGUAUCAACCAGGGUUACAAGCUGUUGGCAUGGGAGCCGGGCAAAGAGGAUGAGAUGACGAUAGUAACAGUACGGCCGAACUUCCAGGACACCGUUCACGUGGGCCACGUUGCGGGUUUGAAGAAAUUCUCAGAGUACUUCACCUCCGUGCUCUGCUUCACCACACCGGGAGACGGACCUCGCAGCCCACCACGACGAACACGCACACAUGAAGACACCCCUGGUGCUGUGGGUCACCUGAGCUUCACUGAAAUCCUGGACACUUCUCUUAAAGUGAGUUGGAGAGAACCGAAUGAGAAGAACGGUCUUCUGACUGGGUAUCGUAUCUCAUGGGAGGAGUAUAACCGCACUAAUACACGGGUCACACACUACUUGCCUAAUGUUACCCUAGAGUACAGAGUUACUGGAUUGACAGCCCUCACCACGUACACCAUAGAGGUGGCUGGGAUGACCUCUAAGGGUCAAGGUCAGCUGUCAUCUUCAACCAUCUCAUCAGGUGUACCGCCAGAACUUCCCGGUCCCCCCACAAACCUGGCCAUCUCAAACAUCGGCCCUCGAUCUGUAACCCUGCAGUUCAAGCCAGGCUAUGACGGCAAGACCUCAAUUUCUCGCUGGCAGGUGGAGGCCCAGGUCGGUCUAGUGGGAGAGAAUGAAGAUUGGCUGAUGGUCCAUCAGCUGGCCAAUGAGCCUGAUGCUCGCUCUCUGGAGGUCUCUGGACUCAACCCAUAUACCUUUUAUAGGUUUCGCAUGCGCCAGGUCAACAUAGUUGGCACCAGCCCCCCCAGUCAGCCUUCCAGAAAGAUCCAAACCUUGCAGGCCCCUCCUGACAUGGCACCUGCAAAUGUCACCCUGCGAACGGCUAGCGAGACCAGCCUUUGGCUCAGAUGGGUGCCUCUGCCGGAAUGGGAGUACAAUGGGAAUCCCGAUUCAGUGGGUUACCGUGUGCAGUACAGCAGGACUGGAGCUCAAUCCAAAGCCCUGCUGCAUGUCAUUGCUGACCGACUGGAGAGAGAGUUUACCAUCGAAGACCUGGAGGAGUGGACCGAGUAUGAGGUCAGGGUUCAGGCCAUCAACGGCAUUGGAGCGGGACCCUGGAGUCAGCCUGUGCGCGGCAGAACCCGCGAGUCCGUCCCAUCCUGUGGCCCCACCAAUGUCUCUGCAUUUGCCACCACCUCCAGCAGCAUCCUGGUUCGGUGGUUUGAAGUUCCCGAACCGGACCGGAAUGGACUCAUCCUGGGCUAUAAGGUUGUGUAUAAAGAGAAGGACUCAGAUUCUCCUCUUCAGUUCUGGACGGUGGAAGGAAACGGCAGUCAUAGUGUUCAGCUGACCGGAUUGGGAAAGUACGUUCUGUACGAGAUCCAGGUUCUCGCUUUCACUCGUAUCGGGGACGGUCGUCCCAGUUCCCCUCCGAUCCUGGAGCGAACCCUUGAUGAUGUGCCCGGGUCACCUGUGGUCAUUUUGUUUCCUGAAGUGAGGACGACCUCGGUGCGACUUAUCUGGCAACCCCCCUCUCAGCCCAAUGGCAUUAUACUGGCCUAUCAGAUCACCUACCGCCUGAACUCCACCAAUAGCAACACGGCUACAUUUGACGUGCUGAACUCCAGCGCUCGGCAGUACACGGUCACCGGACUGAGACCGGAAUCCGUCUACGUGUUUCGCAUCCGAGCGCAGACACGCAAAGGCUGGGGAGAAGCGGCGGAGGCUUUGGUGGUCACCACAGAGAAGAGAGCCCGACCCCAGCCCACCAGCCGUCCCACAGUGCCGCAGGAGAACGUACAGGCUCGCAGCGUGCUGCUGUCGUGGGAACCUGGCAGUGACGGUUUAUCACCGGUACGGUACUACACAGUUCAAGUCAGAGAGCUGCCCCAGAAGAACUGGACCGUUCAUUCUGCAUCCGUUAGCCACGAGUCCAGUUCUUACAUCGUGGACAGACUGAAGCCUUUUACUUCAUAUCAGUUCAGAGUAAAAGCUACUAAUGAUAUUGGAGACAGUGACUACAGCGAUGAAAGCGAAGCCAUCACUACACUACAGGAUGCACCAGACGAAGCUCCAACCAUCCUCACCGUCACACCACACACGACAACCUCCGUUCUGAUUUGCUGGCAGCCACCUCCUGAGGAGAAGAUUAAUGGGAUCCUGCUUGGUUUCCGUAUCCGGUACCGAGAGCUGCUUUACGACCGACUUCGGAGUUUCAGUGUCCACACCAUCAACAGUGUUUCAGCCGGCUGGGCAGAUCUCACCUCUCCUUACAGCAUGCGAAACAUCAGCGAUUCCUCACUCACUCAGUAUGAGCUGAACAACCUUAUGAAACACAAGCGCUAUGAAAUCCGAAUGAGUGUGUAUAACGCUGUAGGUGAAGGUCCCACCAGCUCACCGCAGGAAGUCUUUGUGGGAGAAGCGGUUCCCACCGCACCGCCUCAAAAUGUGGUCAUCCAAUCGGCUACUGCAACACAGUUUGAUGUGACUUGGGACCCGCCUCCACUGGAGACCCAGAAUGGCGAUAUUCAGGGUUAUAAGAUCUUCUUUUGGGAAUAUAAGCGAAAAAAUGAGACGGAGAAACUUCGCACUCUCUUCCUUCCUGAGGGAGGGGUGAAGCUGAAGAAUCUAACAGGCUACACCACCUACAUGAUCAGCGUUGCUGCUUUCAACGCAGCUGGGGAUGGACCUCGCAGCCCGCCGACCAGAGGAAGAACGCAACAAGCUGCUCCCAGUGCUCCCAGUUUCAUCCAUUUCAGUGAGCUCACCACCACCUCCGUCAACGUCUCCUGGGGCGAGCCGGUCUUUCCUAAUGGCAUCAUCGAAGGCUACAGACUCAUCUACGAGCCCUGCAUGCCUGUUGAUGAGUCCUCAGUGGCCUGUGUCGACUGUCUUCACUCCCCCUCCCCCCCAGGCGUCAGUAAAAUCGUAACGGUGGACGUGAAGGGAAACGCACCCCUGUGGCUGAAAAUCAAAGACCUGGCUGAAGGCGUCACGUACAACUUCCGCAUCCGUGCCAAAACCUUCACUUACGGUCCAGAGGUGGAGGCCAACAUCACCACGGGACCUGGAGAAGGAGCCCCGGGCCCUCCUGGAGAACCCUUUAUCUCUCGAUAUGGCUCCGCCAUCACCAUCCACUGGGCUAACGGGGAUCCCGGACGAGCACCUAUCACACGCUACGUUAUAGAGGCCAGACCCUCAGAUGAAGGCUUAUGGGACAUCUUAAUCAAGGACAUCCCCAAAGAAGUGACAUCAUACACCUUUAACAUGGAUAUCUUGAAACAGGGAGUCAGCUAUGACUUCCGAGUCAUCGGUGUGAAUGAUUAUGGGUACGGUUCUCCGAGCCAGCCCUCGCCAUCUAUAUCAGCUCAAAAGGUUGCUCCAUUCUACGAGGAAUGGUGGUUUCUGGUGGUGGUGGCUCUGGUUGGCCUGAUUUUCAUCCUGCUUCUAGUUUUCAUCCUCAUCAUCAGAGGCCAAAGCAAGAAAUAUGCCAAGAAAUCUGAUUCUGGCAACAACUCCAACUGCAAUGCCCUAGCACACGGAGAGAUGGUCAGCCUGGACGAGAGCCGCUUCCCUGCCUUGGAAUUAAACAAUCGACGGCUGUCCGUCAAAAAUUCUUUCUGCCGCAAAAAUGGCGUUUAUACCAGGUCUCCUCCUCGACCCAGUCCAGGUAGCCUUCACUACUCGGAUGAAGAUGUCAGCACCAAGUACAAUGACCUGAUCCCAGCGGAGAGCAGCAGUCUCACAGAGAAACCAUCUGAGAUGUCAGAUUCACAGGAGGCGCUUGUUUUCUCCUUUAAGACUGGGGGCCUUCAAACUCUUCCAACUCAAUGGGGAAGUGACAGCGAAUAUGAAGUGGACCCUAACCGACAGAAGACCCAUUCAUUCGUCAACCACUACAUCAGCGAUCCCACCUACUACAACUCCUGGCGCAGACAGCAGAAGGGCAUCUCACGAGCGCAGGCCUACAACUACACCGAAUCUGAGUCCGGAGAACCCGAACACACCGCCCCUCCACCACCUCUGCCCCCACUGCCUCCGUUCCCACCGCAGCUCAGCUCCCCAACCCCUCAGAGUCAACCCCAAACUGGCAGCCUCUUCCGACCAAAGGGCAGUCGGACUCCCACACCUUCCCAGCAGCAGAGCUCCAACCCACCCAGUCAGCACGGCACACUUUAUCGGCCCCCCAGCAGCUUGGCACCAGGAUCCCGAGGCCAAAUCGCUGGCUUCUCCUCUUUUGUUUGAAUCAAAAUAGCAACAAAAUUACAAAGGCGGGAAUAUAUCUUACUUUCCCAAAGUCUCACACCUCUGGAAGAACGACGCCAAACGUCAGCCAUCGAUCUCUUGUGCUUUAUUUGUCAUUGCAAGCCGGUUUUUAUUAUUAUGUUUUACUUAGUUUGUGCUCUGAAUGACAUGCAGACGAAUAUAUUGUUUAUUUUUGCUUUCACUUCUCUGCCCGUGUGUGGUUUGGCUUAUUACAAUGAAAGACAAUCAAUUGGACAGUUUAGCUUUUUGGUGCUGCUUGUGCAAACUGCAUGACUUGGUUUUAUUUUUUGGUUUGUCUCUUUUUAUUAUUUCAUCUUUUGUUUCGUUGCAUCCUGUACAAGAGUACAACGCCAUGCGGUAUAUUACAAUGCUGGACAAAAGCACCAACACAUGUAGGAUUAAUAAAACAUAAGCAGAGAAAAUCUCGACUGCCGGGGUGGCUAACGUCAGUGCUUUGAGAUUUAAACAGUGGUAUUUUUGUUCUCGAACAAGUGACAAAGUACCGCAGUGAUUAUGAGAGCUUACAAAGGUCGUCCUGAUCUAAGACUUAAAGACUACGCUCUGAUAAAGACCUGUUUGCACUUAGCACAUCGAGUUGGCCACAGGUCGAUGAAAAAAGGCCAAAGGCCACAUGAAGUGCUUCACCCUGAUGUGUGUUUUGAAUGUUUUUCGCAGGUGAAAUGUAGGUUGUGUUUGUGAAGUCGAGGUUAGGAGCACGAGUAUAUUUUCCCAUAUGAAGCUGACAGAUCAAAGGCCAAAAAUGAAAGACUACAAAGUCUCAUUGACUAUUAUACUAUUAUACUAUUACUCUGAAUUAAGCAUUCAGAGUCAUCAGUGUUAGCAACAGGUUUGUGUGUGUGUGGGUGAAUGGGUUUGUAUGAAGAGAGCGUGGUCGUGUAUGAAGAGGGCGUGGUCAUUUGUUGCUCCUUUUGAUUUGACUCUAUGAUGUCAUCCUGAGCUUCAGGUUGUACUUCCUCCCUAACAUCGGACGCAAACAUCAAAAGACGCCCAUUAAUAAAGAAGAGCUCUUUUUCACAGCAUCUCAGCAGAACCGGACAUUAAAGCGUCUAUUAAAGGGAUUCUGUUUUCACCUGUAUCACACACACACACACACUGCCAGUGAUGUCAUUUUGCUGAUAUUAUCAUAUGGUUUCUGUGAUGAUCUGGCAAGACGGGACAAAACAGAUAAAAGUUUUUGAAGAUCACGCAACCAAGCGAAUCUAUUGUGUACUUCGACCAUAUGGAUUAUUUACAACUUUGCUUUGAAGAAGCCAUUUAAAGAUACAGAAGAAAAUGGACUAAGAGACCCAACAGUGAACUACAUGGCACUUGCACAGCUUAUUUUUGUGGAUUAAUGAUGUUGUUUGCUUCUUUUCUGUGAAGUGAUUUUACUGGAUGUAUAAACAAGGUCAAUCACACGCUCAGUCUGCCUGAACACAGUAUAUUCCCAAAUAAAUGGUUUUCUGCAAAAGCUAUUGGUUUGAACAUUGAUAAAUGGUCGUUUGGCAGGGAAACUUUACAUGGUAAAGGGUAAUGUCUAAGGGCGUAUGUCCACCAGUGCUUUUAAACACCAGGCGAAUGCCGACUGUGGGCACUUGGCAGCAUUUCUUUGUGCUUUGAUACUUGUGUUUUUUAUCAGGCAUUGUAUGAUGCACCGGUGUGGUAUUUGUCCCACCCCCUCCACUGCAAUUGGACGAAUGACUGAAAAGUGACAUUGAUGAGCUCAGCUGAACAUUUUUUAAACUCUAGCUGGCAUUUUUUAAAAGCGCAGCACUUCCACUGGACACAAUUGAAAACAUAUGCCGCAAAGAUAUUAAUCUGUGUGAAGAUGUCAUAUAAAUUACCCAACUCAGUUUCCAGUCUUUCCUAACCAAUCACAACUAUUAACUAGCAGCAGGCCUGGUUUGUACGUCAGUGUCAUUGUGCUAAGUAACUCCGCCCUUGGAGCAAUCUCAUUGGUCCAAAAUCCUGCAUAUAGUACAUAACAUAUAGUGGUCUGAUGGGGUUGUUGCAUACUGUAAUUUACCGUAAAAAUAGCUGUGGUGUGCUGGUUUUUGCUUUUACAGAGGUGGCAACAAAAAAUAUUCACAACGAGCAUCGGAUUAGUUGUUGUUUUGAAUUUAUUCAGUCUAUAAAGUGGCUUUUUUCAGCAAUGUCAUUUUGUCUUAAAUAGAUUUUAUACUAAAAUAUGCAAAUCACACAUUGGGGAUAUUUAUUUAUUAGGCUAAUUUACUAGCUUUAUCAGAUGAAAUUACUCCAUAUUUUCUAGGAAUACAUUAGUUGGUACAUUCUGUAAUGUGUCAGAACAUGACUCACGUGUACGAGUUGCAUUCUCAGUGUAGAUCGCUGUCUGCAGUUUUUAGGUGUUGCAACAGUUUGAAAAGAAUCCAGCUGAGCAGGUUCGACCCACUACAUAUUUAAAGCUUACUACUGUAGCUGAUUAUUAAAAAAUGCUGUUAAAUGGGAAUGAUAUUUGAAGGCAAGUAAUUUUCCCUCUUGAGUUAAAAGUAAGAAUGUAAAUUUUUUCCAGGAACAUGCCCUGCUUUACAAAAAUCACAUUCACUGAAUGUUAUUUUAUUUUUUGCUUAUUCGAGUAAUUAUAUGCAGUGUAGGGAAAAGUUACUUUUAAAAGUAAUCCAUUACAAUAUUAAGUUACUCCCCAAAAAAAAGUAACUAAUUGCGUUACUUUUCAUGGAAAGUAAUGCUUACGUUACUUUUUAGUUACUUUUGCGUUACUUUUUCUUGGCUGAGGCUUGAUCUCUUUCAGGCCUUGCAGGUGUUUUUUAUGACUGAAAAGUUCUGCAUUCAGAAGUUGCAUAUUUUAUCACAAAAAUGUCGAGCUCUGGCCUGCCCUCUCAGUUUCUGACUCAAACUGUUCCCACACAGGCUUGUACGAAUAAAGUGCAUAAUGUGACUAUGUUUAGUUUAAUUCAGUAUAUAAUUUUUUAAAUCAAAUUAAUUAAACUAAAAAAGUAACUUGCAUUACUUAUUUGAAAAAGUAACUCAAAUAAAAAUGUUUACAUUUAAAAAGUAAUGUGUUACUUUACUCGUUAUUUCAGAAAAGUAAUAUUAUUACUUAAUGCAUGUUACUUGUAAUGCGUUACCCCCACUGAUUACAUGUA